AUUGUAGUUAAGAUGAAAGCAUUUGGAAGUUAGCGCAUCACCAUGCUCCAGCUAAGUUUCCCACCACCAAGAGAAUUACGAAUCACAGCCAAGAAUGGUUGUUUCAACUUGGAAGUUAGCGCAUCACCAUGCUCCAGCUAAGUUUUCUCUCACCAUUUAAUUUUUAAUGCCACAUUCUCAUCUUUCUGCUUGUAGAUUAUGAUGGCUUAAUUGUUCAUUAUGAAAAUGGGGUAUUAUUAUGGAUUUAUAGGUGCAUGAUGAGGAGUAACUGAAGUAGUUUGUACAAAGCAGUUAUUUGGAUAAAAAUUCAAUUCAAAAUUCUUUUUAUUGAAUUUUUUUCAAACAAAAUUCUUCUUCGAAAUAAAAGAAUUUAAAAUUUUUUAUUAUAUGUAUAGAGAUGAAAUCAAGAAUGAUUUUAUAAGAAUUCAUUUGUAUUCUUUUUUUGCAAAAUUAUUCAUAUCAAAUGAGGUAAAAAAAUGCAAUCUAAACAAGUUUGGAUCAUUUCCUCUUCUGGAUUUUUCAUUACAUCAGGAAAACCUCUAUAAUUAGCAAUCUAAACAAGUUUAGCAAGGGAUCCCUCUUCCGUUGAUGGUAAGUUGAGGGUUAAAUUUUAAGUAUUGAUAUCGAUAGGCAAGAAAGCAAGCACCACUGGUACCUAUCAGCGAACAAAAUGAACAUUUUGGUUGAAGCUUUUUCCAGUUUCUUUCUGGUUUACCCCCCAAUUCUGGGAAAGGUGGCCCCUCAUAUGCAAAUGGCAUGCAUCUAUACCGCCAUUUCAUACUUGGUCAUGAUCUGAAAACUAAAGUACAUGGCCGUUUCCCUCGUUCCAUCAUAACCAUGGAAAGAUUUUGCAAUUUUUCCAAAUGGAUCGAAGAUAGUUAUCAGCGACUUUGCUUCCUACUUGGAAAAAUCGUGGCUCAAAGAGUCUACUCCAUGCACGUAAUGCCCAUUCUCAUCACCUCUUUGUUUUCCUACUCUACUUCAACAAGAUGACGUAAUAGCGUGUUGUUCAUGUAAAAGCUCAUCCCUUGCCUUUAUCCUUUCUUCAUUUGUAUUUCUCGUAUAGGUAAAUAUCAAUCCAUACAGCUCCUUCCCAUUAAUAUUCUCGAACCUUAUUAUCAAAAAUUUUAAAAAAAAAAAAAAAGAAAAAGAAAAAAUUCUCGCACCCAAUCUCCAUAUCAUCUUCUAUUAAUUUUAUCUGAUUGUUCGAUGCCCAUAAGAACUUCUAACUUCUUCAUUUAUUGCUCUUUGUUUGGUUUAUUAAUUUCGUAGUCUUUCUUCUGUUAUUCGUCUUUUAUUUCUCUAUAUAACGCAGCACCUGAGUUCUUUACUUCCCAUCAAGCGUUGAGUUUUUUUUGGCCCUAAAAAAUAUGGCAAUGAAGAGGUUUCUACUUGUUGCUCUAUCAAUUACUUUGGUUCUAAGAAUUGCAGAGAGUUUUGAUUUCAAUGAAAAUGAUUUGGCAUCUGAGGAAAGUUUGUGGGAUUUGUACGAGAGAUGGAGGAGUUACCACACUGUUUCCAGGAGUCUCAAUGAGAAACACAAGCGUUUCAAUGUUUUCAAGCACAAUGUCAUGCAUGUUCACAACACUAACAAGCUGGAUAAGCCUUAUAAACUGAAGCUGAACAAGUUUGCAGACAUGACCAGCUAUGAAUUUAGGAGCAUUUAUGCUAGCUCAAAUGUCAAACAUCACAGGAUGUUUCGAGGGCUGCCACAGGGAAACGGGAGCUUCGUGUAUGAGAAGGUGGAAACCGCCCCUCCCUCCAUUGAUUGGAGAAAGAAAGGUGCGGUUACAGGCGUUAAGGACCAAGGCCAAUGUGGUAGUUGUUGGGCAUUUUCAGCCAUCGCAGCAGUUGAGGGCAUUAAUCAAAUCAAGACUAAUAAGCUAGUGUCUUUGUCCGAGCAAGAGUUGGUGGACUGUGACACUGAGUGCGGAGGAUGUAAUGGAGGGCUAAUGGAUUAUGCAUUUGAGUUCAUUAUGCAACAUGGAGGCAUAACAACUGAGGCUAAUUACCCUUACAAAGCUGAGGACGAAAUUUGUAAUGUUUUGAAGGAGAAUUCACCAGCAGUUUCUAUUGAUGGGUAUGAGAAGGUUCCUGAAAAUAAUGAGAAUGCGUUACUUGAAGCAGUGGCAAAGCAGCCUGUAUCUGUGGCCAUAGAUGCUGGAGGUUCAGAUUUCCAGUUCUACUCGGAGGGGGUGUUUACUGGAAGUUGUGGAACAGAGCUGGAUCAUGGAGUUGCAGUCGUGGGUUAUGGAACAACACUUAGUGGAACUAAGUACUGGAUUGUGAAGAAUUCCUGGGGAGCAGAAUGGGGAGAGAAGGGUUACAUAAGGAUGCAGCGUGGCAUCUCAGAGAAAGAGGGACUCUGUGGUAUAGCAAUGGAGGCUUCUUAUCCCAUUAAGAACUCAAAUAAUCCUGCAGAAGUUCAAUCUUCUGCCAAGGAUGAACUAUAAACAACAUAUGCCGUCAUGGAGUUUGCUUGGCAGUUCAGCCGCAUGUCUCUCUGAUUGAAUGGCUGCAAUGACGGAAAGAUUCCAGUAUGGUGUAUCAGUUGAACACUUUCUUUUCUCUUGUUUCCUGUUUGAACGUGAAUAAAAUCUUUCAAGAUUA